AUGUCCAGUAGCGUCGACGUCUCCAGACGUCCCAAUUUGUGGUCCUACUUCAGCUUCACCUCCAACUCUAGCCCACGCCGCCGCACAUCCGUCUCGCUACCCGCCCACUCCAGCGUCCCCGAUCCGUUCGAGAAGCCCAAUCGACAUUCCCAUUCCUGCACCGACUCCAUCGGCCCGCCAGGCCUCAUGAAGGAUAUCCAGACCGUGUGGAUGAAUCAAGGGCAAAGGGCGCGAUACCUGAAGACAGGUGGCAUCAUCGCCUUUCUGCUCCUCGUCAUCUUCUAUCUCGCGCCUGGCGACCGCAGCGGAGCACCAUUCCCCGGAGGAGACGUUGCGUCGGACCCGUCUGUUGCAACGAGCAAAUGCACGAAGUCGUAUAGCCCACACAAGCCGCUCAUCCAGUAUGCGCUCAUGAUCGAUGCUGGGAGCACCGGCUCGCGGAUACACGUCUAUAGGUUCAACAACUGCGGCCCCACGCCGGAGCUGGAAGAUGAGGUGUUCAAGCAGACGGACAAGAAGCCGGGCGGGUCUGGUCUCAGCUCCUAUGGGGCUGACGCAGAGGGUGCGGCAAAGAGCCUGGAUGUCCUCCUGCAGGUCGCGGUAGAGAAAGUGCCCAAGAAGCUCCAAGCCUGCACCCCAGUUGCCGUCAAAGCAACAGCCGGGCUCCGGAAGCUCGGCCCAGAGAUGAGCGACAAGAUCCUCCAAGCCGUCCGCCGACGCAUAGAGACCGAGUACCCCUUCCCCCUCGUCUCGGACUCCAAGGGCGGGGUCGAGGUCAUGGACGGCAAAGACGAAGGCGUUUACGCCUGGAUCACGGCCAACUACUUACUCGGCAAGAUCGGCGGCCCGGACAAGAAUCCUACGGCCGCCGUGUUCGAUCUCGGCGGCGGCUCCACGCAGAUCGUCUUCCAGCCGACCUUCCCCGGCAGCCCUUCGGGAGGCCUCCCAGAAAAGAUGCACGAAGGCGAUCACAAGUACGAGCUCAACUUCGGCGGCCGCGAGUUCUCACUCUACCAGCACUCGUAUCUCGGCUACGGGCUCAUGGAAGCGCGGCGCAACAUCCACAAAGUGGUCGCGCAAGCCAUGCACGAGGAAGACAAGACGGGCGCCUGGGCCACGAAGCCCGUCAUGAACCCCUGCAUCGCGCCGGGCAUGAACCGCACCGUGAAAGUCGAGCUCGACGGCUCCGAGCUCGAAGUGCUGAUGCAAGGCCCCCGCGACGGCUCCCCCGCGCAAUGUCGCGCCCUGGCCGAGAAGACGCUGGCCAAAGAAGCCGAGUGCAAGAUCGCCCCCUGCGCCUUCAACGGCGUGCACCAGCCCUCCCUGUCCAAGACCUUCGCGCGCGAGGACGUCUACCUCUUCUCCUACUUCUACGACCGCACCCAGCCGCUCGGGAUGCCCGAGUCGUUUACGCUGCGCGAGCUGCACGAGCUGACAUCUCGAGUCUGCCACGGCGAGAAGGCGUGGGAUGUGUUUCACAGCAUCGAGGGCGCGGUCGAGGAGUUGAGGGGACGCGCGGAGCAUUGUCUGGAUCUGAACUUCAUGCUGGCGCUGCUGCAUACCGGGUAUGAGAUGCCGAUUGAUAGGGAGGUGAGGAUCGCGAAGAAGAUUAGGGGCAAUGAGUUGGGGUGGUGUUUGGGCGCGAGUCUUCCCCUUUUGAACCAGGAGUCGGGUUGGCAGUGCAAGAUCAAGGAGGUUUAG